UCGACUGCAACGUUGAGCAAUGAGUCCCCAAAACCUCAUCAAAGUCCCCAACAACGUCACCUCUUCCCCUGCGACCACGAAAUGGAUAUCUCCUCUUCAGUGCCUUAAGCCAGCUUCUAUCGUACGACCAGCACCACCUCCACUUCCUCCUCCUCCGCCUACUGAGCCGGAGCGGCGUCGAUCCCGGUUUAUCUCCCACGCCGACGCGGUGCGACUCAUCAACCGGCAGACAGACCCGCAGCGAGCCCUCGACCUCUUCAACGCGGCCGCUGCGCAGCCCGGCUUCGCCCACAACCACGCCACCUACUCCGCCCUCCUCCUCAAGCUCGCACGCCAUCGCCGCUUCCCUGCCCUCGACGCCGUCCUUCGCCGCAUGUCCCUCGAGCCGUGCCUCUUUCACGAGGCCGUCUUCCUCCGCCUGAUGCCACUCCUCUGCCGCGCCUCCCUUCCCGACAAGGCCGUCCGCCUGUUCCGCUCCGCCAUCCCCCUCCUCGUCCGCCGCAACCCCUCUCUCAAGGCCCUCGCCACCUGCCUCGACGCCCUCGUCGAAGUCCGCCGCUUCGACCUCGCCCAAGACCUUCUUACCGACGCCAGGGCCCGUUUCUCCAUCGAGCCCAACACCUGCGUCUGCAACAUCCUCGUGAAGCACCAUUGCACGAGCCACGACCUUGACUCCGCCUUCCGGGUCCUCGAGGAGAUGAGGGCGUCGGAGUUGGCGAAACCCAAUCUGAUCACAUAUUCCACGCUGAUGGGUGGAUUGUGCAGAGAGGGCAGGUUGAAAGAUGCCAUCGACCUGUUCGAGGAAAUGAUUGACAAGGACAAGAUCGUCCCCGACCACUUGACCUACAACGUGCUGAUCGAUGGGUUCUGUAGAAGCGGGCAGGUGGAUAAGGCAAGAACCAUCUUCGGAUUCAUGCGGAGCAAUGGCUUGGAGCCCAACAUGUACAACUACGCGGUUCUGAUGAAUGGAUUCUGCAGAGAAGGGAGAGUGGAGGAAGCAGAAGAGGUUUUCGAGGAGAUGGGGAAGAUUGGGUUGCAGAUUGACGUCGUGACCUACACAACGCUGAUUGGCUGCCUUUGCAGAGAAGGGAGGGUUGACGAAGGAAUCGAACUGGUGAAAGAGAUGAGGGAGAAAGGGUGCAAGGCCGAUGUGGUGACCUGUAAUGUGGUGAUCGAAGGGUUGUGCAAGGAAGAGAGGUUUAAGGAGGCGAUGGGUUUGCUGGAGAGCUUACCAUACGAUGGUGUGAGGCUAAAUGUUGCGAGCUAUAGGAUCGUGUUAAAUAGCUUGUGCGCCACAGGGGACAUGGAGAAGGCAAUUGGUCUGCUUGGGUUGAUGCUUGGAAGGGGUUUCAGACCUCACUUUGCGACCUCCAACAAAUUGUUGCUUGGAUUGUGUGAGGUUGGAAGGGUGGCAGAUGCAACUGUUGCAAUGUAUGGAUUGGCAGAGAUGGGGUUUAUGCCAGAGAGUGAUACAUGGUUUCAGUUGGUUGACUCUGUCUGCAGGGAGAGGAAGCUUAAGAGAGCAUUUGACUUGUUUGAUGACUUGCUUAUAGCGGAGUGAGUUAUACGAGUCGUCUUAAUAAGUCAAGGCUUGUCUUCGCCAUGACUGCAAUCCAACCCAACAGCUGAGUCGAUCCUGUUGGAACAGAUUAUUCUUUACUUGGUCAUAGAGCUGUGUUUUCAGUGAGUUGGCCUUUACUUGGUCAAGCCAUGAACUUGCAAGCUCAGGUACCGGAACGCUUGACAUGGUGUACAAUUGAUUUAUGUUGACACUUAGAUUCUGGAGGAACUUAGCAGAAGAUUUUUACGAGUGAUAUUGGUUAGUAGCAUACAGGAGUUUUUCCAUGGACGAAUGAUCAGACUCUGAUGGAAAUCGAGUUUGUAAUAUCACUUUCUUAGGGGAUUCAUUACUAAUUGUAUGGUGAUCUAUGAGUCCUGUGGGUUCUUUUCUUGAACGUACACCAUAUAUCAAAUGAACAAUCA